GCCGUGUUGAAGGAAAUGAGCUUCAGGUCUAUGAGUAGCGCGCUGGUCAAGGCAAAAUCCCAAACUAGCUAACUGUUCUUCGUAUAUUAGUGCACUAUACGGGCUAUAGAGUGGCUUCUACGCCCUAACUAGUGCAUUUAAUCAACAACAAGGAUCAGUUCAGGAUUCAACCAAUAUCUUGCUCGGGGAAAACACUCGCUAAGAGCACAAACGCUAUAUAACGUAACAUUUAAUAGAGGUGAUCAGUGCUGCUCAGCGAGCGAGCGAGAGAGAGAGAGAGAGAGAGAGAGAGAGAGAGAGCGUGAGAGAGAGUGUGUGUGUGUGUGUGUGUGUGUGUGUGUUUGUUUAUGUGUGUGCUCUGGGACUGACACUGCUGGACGCAUCAGUAAUCGAAGCCAUUUGUGUCAACAGAAACAAUGUCUGACUUUGUGAUUUUAUCCCUGAUCUUGUUUCUGGUCGUGUGUCUCAUCCUGACCCUUGCUGUGUUCGUGUUUUACUCCGGACUGCUGUCUGAGGUGGUUGUUGGAACAGGAUCUCCGCCGGUGAAAAACAUUACUAUUGCUUACAAGUUUAAAAAAGGAUCGUACAGGGAUCGGGGAGCCGCCUUCACCGAGAGCUGCAGCAUCGCCCCGAAGCUCUGCUCUGUUGGUCUGUAUUAUGACAACCCCAACCAGACUGAAGAUGAUUGUUGUCGCUAUGCAGUAGGGAGUAUCCUGAGCCAGGAUGAAGAAAAACCUGAUGAAGAGUUGCAGCGUCUGUAUGAGAAGUUUGGAUUUCGGAUCAUCUCCUUCCCAGAGGUCUCCUGUGCUGUGACAUCCUCUUUUCCUAACCGAUGCAUACUUUCCUCCAUCUGUGGGGCGUACAGAGUCUUCCCUGAGCUCCACCACUACAUAACGGAUAGAGGCCUGUCUGCAUACCCAUACAUUGAGAUCUGCAAAGGGGAUCUAAUCCAUUACAUGUGCCCACUAGAGAACCAGGAGAGCUUUUUUGUGCCCGAACUCCUCGAAAAGCAAACAGAGGGAGGAGAGAAAACGGAGACUGACAAAGAGGCUGAUGAGACACACACAGGUGAAGGCUGCACAUCUGAGAGUGGUGUAGCAGUAAUGGAAGCAGACGCCGAAAGCAGUGAGAUGGGAGAGAGCUCCACGCCUGUGCUGUGCCAGCAGACUCCACCUUUGGAUGAGAGAGAUUCUCAGACAGAGGAAGGAGACCAGGGGGCCAAGGGCUCCAGUGAGUCUGUAGGAAGUGGUUCAUCCUUUGAAGAACUAGACAUGGACAUCGAGGAAGAGGAGAAGGAGAGCAAAAAUGCUGAGGAUGAUCAUGUAGAGGACACUGAGAAAAGAGGGGUUAAUGAAAUCGGGAGUAAUGAGGAAUAGAAUGUGUGCAUGAAUGAAGUAGUUCCUGAGUCCUCCUUGUUCUUGUUUUCUUUUCCAGUUUGAGGUGCUUCUUAGUCAUCUAGGCAAACUCUAAUCAUAUGUAAUCAUUGGUUUAAAAUUUAAUUGGUGAAUCUGAUAUCUUGGCAGUUUUUAUAAACAUAUGGUUGUAUUAAUGUAUGCCACAUAAACAUUAUAAAUGGAGCCAAAAAACUGAAUGGAUUUUCUCACUUUGCUGAUUCUAGUCCAGUAGCUAAUCAGAUCUUUCCUAACGGCUGCCAGUUAUUUGAAAAAGGAAACCCUGCUGAUUUUAUUCAUCAUCGGUGAAUCACCUCUUUUGAAUUUUUAAGGCAAUAAACUAAUGACACAAUAAGCCAAUGACACAAAUAAUGUUUUUUUUUAAAGUGUAUUCAAAGCCUGUGCUACUGAAAUAAUCCUAUUUUUGAAGUGGAUAAAAAAGAAAAGGAAAUGGUGAGCUCAUCUUUAAAAUUCUGAAAGAACAAUUCCAAAAUAUGUAGCCAAGCAAACAUGUAUUUAUAAAAGAAAUAUGUACACAUUGAUGUAAUAUUUGAAUACUCGAUAAUGGAUUAACUGCUCUUAUUUACACAUUAUGUAUAGUAGUUUUAUAAUGGUGUUAAAAGAAGGCAAAUGUUGACUGUGUGCAUGACUGUUAACUUCUUCAUAACUAGUUAUAUCUCCAUACAAAUCCUGCUCUAUCCUCACUGCAUGCCAGAUGUGUUUAUUGUUAACAUUCUCCUAGAAAACUAUGGACAAACUAUGGAUUGAAAUAAAAUUAACAAUCUAGUGUUUAUUCUUAAA